AGCAAGGAUAAUUCUAAGUUAGGUAAAGAGGGCCCAAUGGUGCAACCACCAAUGAUGAAAUCAAAACAAAGGCUUGUUGUGGCCGAUUCCUUUGCUUAAAUUACAAGGAGAUGCUAUGAUGCAAGAAAAAAGAAGCUUUCAUCACAUUACAUAUUGGUGCCUUAGGUAGUGCCCUAAAUCUCUUUCCCUUCUUCCACAUGGGAAGGGAAGGGAGGGAAGAAAGAUCAGAUUUUGUGGAGCGAAGAUUUGGGAAGAAAAUGAUACCCAAAUUGAGCACAGUGGAUAAAAGGCAAGAGGGGGAGUGACCAAAUGUGGAGCGAGCUAAAAGAGUGUGGCCAGAGAGGAGGAUUAUUUCCUUUUGGCUGUAAGCCAUAGCUUGUGUAUAUAUAGCUCUCAUCCUUGGAAAGUAAUCCUCUUCUAUAUCUUUCUCUGUUUCUUUCUGCCGGUUUCUGUUCCUUGCUCCGUAGAAGAAGCAACAAACUGUUGCAUUUCUCUCUCUCUCUACCCCCCUCUCUCCUCUCUUGUUUCUUGGAGACUGUUCAUAUAGAGUAUUGAGGAGUGCGAGGGGUAUGAGUCGAUUCAAAUCUCUACUCGGCCAUUCUUGGAGAAAAUAAAAAAAACGAAAGAGUGAGGAUGAAAACAAAAAUUGAAGAUUUUGCGAGCCCUAUUUGUUUUUCGUUGUUCUUCAUGCGGAAAAGCUCUCAACUUUAUUCCCAGAGAGGCUUUUCAGAUCCGAGAGAGUGAUAAAGCUCUCAACUUUGAGCAGCGUUUGUGUUGUUUACAUCCUCUGAAGGGGCAAUUCUACUGGUAUUUAUGCCAAUGGAAGGAGAAACAUCACAAGAAUGGCAGAGGACAAGUGAGCUCAUAAUCAGGGACUCAGAAAUUGAUCCAUUCUCACGAGAAAACGAUCACAAAACCGAAAUCACUUCGGCUUCCUUUGAUACUAUCCUCCCGGAUGAAAUCUUAGAGAAGAUUUUCUCCUUUCUGCCAGUUUUAAGCAUAAUUAGAGCAGGAUCUGUGUGCAAAAGAUGGCAUGGAGCAGUUCACUCAGGAAAACAUUCCUGGAACAAUAUGCCGCCGCAGAAGCCAUGGUACUUCAUGUUCACUUACAGCAAGAACAUUGUAGGCUAUGCCUAUGAUUCGAGCUUUCGAAAAUGGUAUAAUUUUGAUUUCCCUUGCCUUGACAAAUGCAACUGGUUUGUCUCUUCAUCUUGUGGAUUGGUUUGCUUCAUGGAUUAUGAAAAUCGAAACCGAAUCUUAGUUUGUAAUCCAAUUACAAGAACCUGGAAGCAACUUCAGCAACCCCCUAAUGGAAAAUCUCCAGAUUACAGUGCUUUAGCUUUGUCUGUGGAUAGAUUUUCUCUUAGUUACACAGUUGCAGUUGUGAAAUCAAGGCAGUUACCUGAUGAUUUUCUUCAAUGGGACUUCACCAUACAGAUUUAUGAAUCAGAACAUUGUUUGUGGGUUGCAUCUAUCAAUGAGGUAUUGGAGGGAUGGAGGGGAGGUGAUGAGAGUGUGAUAUGCAAUGGAGUUCUAUAUUGUUUAGUUUACUCAUUCUCGGGGAACAACGAGCGUCGCCAUGGCCUUGUCAUGUACAAACUUUGCUCGAAUUCUCCUCGUGCUUCGGUCAUGGGAUCCAUGAUUUUGGUGCCAUGUCCCCUCACUUGCGGUCGCCUUAUGAAUCUUAGAGAUAAAUUGGUUAUGGUUGGGGGGAUUGGAAGGCAUGAUAGGCCAGACAUUAUAAAAGGAAUUGGGAUAUGGGAGCUUGAGAAGGAAGAGUGGCAAGAAGUUGCUAGGAUGCCACACAAGUUCUUUCAGGGAUUUGGUGAGCUUGAUGAUGUUUUUGCGAGUAGCGGCGCCGAGGAUCUAAUCUUCAUUCAAUGCUACGGCGCGCCGGCAUUGCUUAUUUUUGAUAUGAGCCAUAAGCAAUGGAAGUGGUCGCUGCGAUGUCCAGUUACAAAGAGGUUUGCACUCCAGCUCUUCUCUGGUUUCUGCUUUGAACCAAGACUGGAGACCACAUCCUGAAUCCACAUGUAUGCGUUUUGUAGCAAGAAGACACUUGCAAUUGUUUUCUUCUUUGAUUGUAGCAUUCAAGAGAUUAAUAGUUCUUUUCAGUUUUCAUACCAUAUAUUUUUUCAAAA